UUGAGUCACCCCGCCAUACAUGCCGCCCCACCACCCAUUACCCUCGCCAAACACCCUACGUCGUGCCGGCACGCUCGUACUUUCACUUCCCAAAAAGCAAGGCUUCGUUAGCUCUUCGUCGCGCUCCAAACCCUUGUUACCCUUCCUUUGGCCCGCUCAACUUCGAUUCGAGCGCAAGCAUUCAACUACUGCUUACCGGCGCGCACACGACCAACAGUACGACGAGAUGGGGAAAGAAGGGAAGGGCAAUUUUCAGCUCAAGACCCCUAAGGGCACACGGGAUUGGUCGGGAACAGAUGUCGUUCUAAGGGAACAGAUAUUCUCGACGAUUCAGAGAGUCUUCAAGCGCCACGGCGCUGUCACAAUAGAUACUCCCGUUUUCGAGCUGAAGGAGACCCUUACAGGCAAAUAUGGAGAAGAUAGCAAGCUCAUCUAUGACCUCGCAGAUCAAGGUGGCGAGAUCUGCUCAUUACGCUACGAUCUUACGGUUCCCUUCGCACGGUUCUGCGCCCAGAAUGCGAUCCAGAAUAUCAAACGGUAUCAGAUCGCUAAGGUGUAUCGACGAGAUCAGCCGGCAAUGACGAAGGGACGGAUGCGAGAGUUCUACCAAUGCGAUAUCGACAUUGCCGGGGUGUAUGACCCCAUGCUGCCCGAUGCGGAGGUGCUGAGGAUAGUGAAGGAAGUGUUUGAGGAGCUGCCGGAGUGGAAGGGGAAGUACACAAUCAAGCUCAACCACAGAAAGAUACUGGACGGCAUCUUUCAGAUAUGUGGCGUGCCGGAGGACAAGAUCAGGACAAUAAGCAGCGCGGUCGAUAAGCUGGAUAAGUCACCGUGGGAAGAAGUCCGGCGAGAAAUGACCGAGGAUAAAGGUCUCGACUCUGCGGUAGCCGACAAGAUCUGGACAUACGUCCAACUAAAAGGCGGCAAAGAAGUCGUCACAAAACUCCAAGGGAUGCCUGAAGUUGUUGAAAACGCGUCCGCGAAACAAGGUCUGGAAGAUAUGGCCAUGCUCUGCAAAUACCUCGAAAUCUUCGACGUCCUCCCCGCUCUCUCCAUCGACAUGGCCCUCGCCCGCGGCCUGGAUUAUUACACCGGCGUCAUCUACGAAGUCGUGACAGAAGGCUCAGCACCUUCAGCACCAAGCAAGGAUGUCGCGAAGAAAGAGAAGAAGCAGAAGAAGAACGCGGAUCCGGACGAGGAUCGCUCAAAUGAUCCCACAAUAGGAGUCGGCUCAGUGGCAGCAGGCGGCCGCUACGAUGAGCUCGUCGGCAUGUUCAGCGGAAAACCUAUCCCCUGCGUCGGAAUCUCGUUCGGCGUAGACCGCAUCUUCAGCAUAACGAAGGCGCGCCUGUCCGCCGAUCAAGUCAUCCGCCCGACAGAGGUGGACGUCUUCGUCAUGGCGUUCGGCGGCGGAAAGGACUUCAAGGGCCUGCUACCCGAGCGCAUGGAGGUCUCCAAGACGCUGUGGGACGCUGGCAUCAAGGCCGAGUACCUCUGGAAACAGAAACCCAGGCUACAGAACCAGUUCAAGGCGGCAGAGAACGGAAAGGUGCCUUGGGCCGUCAUCCUAGGCGAGGAUGAGUUUAAAGCCGGCAAAGUCAAGAUCAAGAAAAUGGGACUCCCCGAGGGACACCCUGAGAAGGAUGGCGUCGUGGUGGAGAAGAAGGAGCUGGUGGAGGAGCUGCGGUCGAGACUGGCUGGCGAGACGAGUCUGCCGGAUCGGACUGUCGCGUGAGGCACGGCGUUUUUGACUGCGUCUGAAAGAGGGGGUCGGGUCGUAACACAGGAUACUGCGUGACCGGGUUCGCGCUGUGAUUGUUCCUUUGCUGUACUUUGGAGCGGCGGGAUGGAUGUGGGGAAUGAGGACAUGGCGGCGAUUGCAUGCAUGCAGCCUUUCAAAGCGAGUGUAUAUCUAGGCUUCUUAUAGAUGGGUGCGCGAUAUCCAGGAUAGAUAGGGCAAAAAGCGUCUCUUCACGUUACCC